UGGCGGAAAAUGUUAAAAACAAACGGCCAAAAGUAGCUUGGAGUGAUGACCUCAGCCACGAUUCUGAAGAGGAAAGAGAACGGGAGCGUAUAGCACAACUGGAAAGAGAAUUAGCCGAAACUCCAGUAAAACCCACGUAUUCCCCAGAAGAAUUGGAGAAGUUAAUCGGUUUCAUUAUGAGAAUGACUACAUUAUACGACCUACGGGACGAGGACUGGAACGAUGAUGCCAAAAAGGGGAUAGAAAAUUGGCUUAUGGAACCCAGAGCUCUCAUCCUUUGCGUUUACUUUAGAGGCGAGAAGCUGUCUGCCUCUUGCGAUAUACCCCUGUUCCCAGUCUAUGAUUUGACUUACUUCGUCAGGCAGCCUGAUUACAUCUUCAAAGUGGACACGUUCCACGAUGAAAUAGUGUUUGGGACGUUUGUAGAUUCUGUAGAAUCUAAUAUGAUUGAAAUUCUGGAGAACGUGUAUGCUCCAUAUUUUUUCGCUAUAACUACAUGGCCUGAUAGUGUUAAAAGUGAAUUCUGCACUCAGAUACACACAUUUCUAGCGAAACUUACUGAUAUGUAUUACAAAAUGUUGGGGCUAACUGUUCUGUACAUACCACGUGAGGGCCAGCAGCUGUCUUUCGAAAAAGCGAGUACAGACCUAGAGCUGGUAAAGAGGCUGGAAGGGGUAGUCGUCUAUUGGACACAUCAGAUUAAAUCCUGUUUGGAAGACCAAGCGUUUGUCGCAUCACAAAAUGAACUGCUAUGUCCUAGUGAUGAAUACGACUUCUGGAUAUACAGGCUUGAGAAUCUAAGCGCUUUACGUCACCAACUGAAAAAUCCAGCCGUUCGUCACAUCACGAAGAUACUUGUCACAACUCAUUCGACUUUCAUCAAUCAGUUUCAGUCGUUAUGCGAAGAAAUAAUAUAUAAGAGAAAAGAGGCUACCUCAAACAUCGAGUAUUUGCAAGUGAUCAAACAACCUUGCGCUGUUCUCGAAUGUGUGAUCGAUCCCGAUGAAAUAUCCAAACACAUUCCACAAAUCAUUAAUCUAUUUAGAUUCAUUUGGAUGGAAUCGCCUUUCUACAACUCCGAAGCACGUAUAACGAAUUUAUUCAAGGCCUUGAGCAACCAGAUAAUAAUCUUAUGUAAAACUUAUAUCAAUCUGGACGAUCUCUUUAGCGGUGAGACGAAAAAAGCGUUGGGGGAGUUUUCUAAAUGUAUAGACUGCUGUAAGAAAUAUCGCGAGAUUUACGACGUGAUGGCUGAAGCGCAUAAUGAUGUUAAUCCAGGUAGCUGGGAAUUGGACACGGGGUCAAUUUUUAAUUAUAUCGACUCGUUCGUCCAACGUUGUUUUGAUAUGCUCGAUGUGUGCAACUGUAUGAUUAUAUUUGGAAGGAUCGACGAAUUAGAAGAUAUCCCCAAACCAAUGUUUGCUGGUGCACGUGGCGAACAGUUUGAGAAUAAAUGCGAUCAGAUAGAGCAUAUGUUUAAUAACGCUCUGGAUAAAGUAAGAGCGGUGACACAUACGAUUUUAGAUGUCCAGGCCCCUUCUUGGUACGACGAAGUGCUGCAAUUCCGGACAGUCAUUAAGGAUAUUGAGAUUAUAAUUGAAAAUUUGGUGGAGACAGUGUUUGAGGGGGUGAACCACGUCGAAGAAGCAGUGAUUGCGCUUUACUCACUGAAUAGUUACUCUAAGAGGAAGAAUUUAAAACGUAUCUUCAAACGUAAAACGGCCGAGGUAUGGGCUAUGUUCAGUGAUGAAGUCCAGGAGGCUAAGAAGGACAUGGUGUCCACGCGCAGUCAACAUCCCGCUGAUCUGCCUUGCUUUUCUGGAAGAGCUGUAGUUCUCCAGAUGAGGAAGAACAGACUCAUUUAUCUGAAAAAGAUAAUGACCGAUGCUUCGGUAUGGCUGAUGCCGUGCAGUAAUUCUGAAGAUGUAAUUAUGCACGUGAACAGGCUAAUGGGUGCCAUCGACGUCGCUAUAAGAGAACUUUGGAUUUCAUGGACGCACAAUUUGGAUGAGAAAUGCGGCGCCGGAUUAAAUAGGACAUUGAUGCGUAAGAGUGCUGAAAAUCCUGGUCUAAUGGAGUGUAACAUUGAUGUAAAUAUACUAGAACUGGGUAAAGAAGCAUUACAUUGGGAAAACUUAGGAUUAGACAUUCCUCUUCACGCCUACCAGGUAUACAUGAAAAUGAAGAAUGUAUUUUAUGUAUAUGAGAGCGUACUUGCCGUUGUUAAAGGAUACAACAAGAUUCUAGACUCACUAUCGGAUGAGGAGAGAUUGCUUUUCAAGCCACUGACAACGGCAUGUGAGAAAAAGGUACAACCGGGUAUUACUAAGUUAACAUGGACUUCGACAAUGUCUGAUGCAUAUAUUGCUGAUUGUGUUGUUCAAAUUGGAGAGCUGCAAGAUUUUUUGACGACGUAUAAAAACUGCAAUAUAAAUUUAGUAAAAAUAAUGGAAAAAGUAUGUGAUACACCCCUUGUUGAGUUUGAUAUUUAUAAUGUUUUUGAAAUAAAGGAUCUUAGAGAAAAUAUCCGUGAAAUGCAAAUAGAAGGUGCGGAAAAAAUUUUGGAAAUGUAUAAGGAAAUAAUAACUUACCUUAUAAUUGUUUAUGAAGGUUUUGAACCAUAUAUAGGCCAAAUGGCUGAAUACUGGGUGAAAUAUGUGAGAAGAUUUGAUCGACUAUUAGAAGAUGCCAUACGACUAUCUAUUAAAGCAACAAUGCAAAAUAUGUACAAGUGUGUGCAUGGUGAUGGCACAAUGGCACCAUCACCUUUGAUUAAAAUGAAGCUAUAUCUUAGAGAUAAAGAAAUUAUUUAUCUUCCCGACAAAAAUGAAAUAGAAGAUACAUUUACCACUUUUUUGGAAGAAAUUAUCCAUGUUAUGAGUACGGUUCCCAGAAUAUUUGAAAAGUUUGCUUUGCCUUCGGGGGGCUUAAGAAGGUUCAAGGAAGUUUUACAAAUGGACACGGAUUGUAACAAGCUUCAAUCAUUAAUAGAUGCCGAAAUAUAUUUUAAUUUAGAACUAAUUAAGGAACAUAUACAUAUGUGGGAUCCCUAUUCGCAUAUCUGGACUGUCGAUAAAGACGAGUUUAUGAUUAAAUACCGUGAAGAAAAUCAUACAGCAAUCGAAUUUGAACAAUUGAUUAUCAAUUAUAGUGAUUUAGCUAACGCUGUUCAAAUACAAGAAACUUAUAAUCAGAUUCAUUUUGUUUCUUUGAACUCACAUCAACUGAAGAAAGCCAUUAUCUCCCAUUGUUUAGUUUGGCAAACAAAAUUAGGUGAACUUCUGCGCAGAAUCACGGAGUACGACAUUGACGUGAUUUACAAUUAUGUAGAAAAAAAUAGUGAAGACGCAAUGAAGAUGCCCGCUGAUUUGAAAGAACUUGCGUCAACAAUGGCCACAUACGAACGAUUGAUGGAUGAUUUACCAAGAAUGGAGAAAACCUUUCCUGCUGUGACAGACAAGAUGACUACUCUUGCAAAGUUUGACGUCGAGUUGAGUUCGGAUAUGAUGACAAGACAUGAAAACAUACCUGUGCUGUGGGCAGAUUAUUUGACUCUUUUGGAAGAAGCUAAAAAAGCAUUAGAGAUGAACAAGGAUAAAUUCAAAGCAGAGCUACUAGAACAAGCUGAGGACUCCAGUGAAUCUAGAGCUACAAAAAAUGGAGAAGGAACUAGAAAAAUUGGAGGAAGUAUGGGGCUUAGUAUUUCAAUGGGAGGAAUCAUGGGAAAAAUAUAAAACCCAAACUUUCUGGGAGAUGGAAACUGACGAAAUGGAAGAAAAUGUUAUGUUUUUGUUUAGGAAUUUCAAUCGUCUCUCUCGUCAACUGAAAGAUAAAGGAUGGGAUAUAAUUGAUACUACUAGAGUGAAAGUUGACGCAUUCAGGAGAACUCUACCGCUCAUUGCAGACUUAAAAAAUCCAUGCAUGAGAGAACGUCAUUGGGAUAGAAUUAAAAUUCUUAUGGGAGUAGAAUUUGAUCAAAAUUCUGAUGAUUUCAAACUUGAACUGAUAAUGCGUCUGAACUUCCAAGCUUAUGCUGAAGAUAUAGCUGAAAUAUCUAACGCAGCUACAAUGGAGUUAAAUAUAGAAAACGGACUUAAAGUUAUUAGAGAAGUGUGGGCAAAUACAACUUACGAAAUGACACAUCAUAAAGGAGACAUGUAUAAAAUAAAGAAUGUUGAAGAUGUAAUGCAGUUUUUGGAAGAUCAUCAAGUUCAAUUAUCAUCAAUGAAAUCUACAAAGUAUGUUGAACCAUUUAUAAAAGAAGUAGAUUAUUGGGAAAAAUCCCUGGGAUAUGUUGCAGAGUGUAUAGAGAUUUCUCUACAAGUGCAACGUCGAUAUUUGUAUUUAGAAAAUAUAUUCAGUGGUGAAGAUAUUAGAAAACAACUGCCAAAUGAAGUUAAAAUAUUUGAUAACUUAACUGCUGAUUGGACUGACAUUACUUUUAAGUAA